UUCACGCACGAAAAGACAACAGAAGGUAUAACAUAAGUCUAUGGUCCCGCAUAAAAGACCAACAGUGACUUAGCUCUUGUCAAAAGUCCGACUUGUUUUACUGGCGGGAAAAGCCGUCCUAACUUAAGUCACCGUCAGUAAUGGACGGUGCCAUGUUGGUGGCUGAAGAACCCAAAAGUGCAGCGGAGCUGAGAGCCUCCGACCAAGCUGUCUCAUACCUGUCCGGCAUUGAGCCCUCGGAGCUGCAGAGGUGUGUGUUUCCGGAGUCUCUGGUGAUGGUGUCGGAGGACAGCAGAGAUUUGGGGACAUUCAAAGUGGAAGUGGAGUUUUCCCGUCGCCUCGAGCAGCCUUGCAUGCUGCUACACGCUCAAAGCCACGGAGCAGCUGAUGGUCACCCCUGUGGGACGACGGUGACAGGUAAAGGCCAGCAGAGGCCCCGGACAGGGAGUUCUCCACUGCUUGAAGACCACCGUGUGGAAAAGAGGAGCCACAUGGUGCAGAGUGAUGGGAGGAUGCUGAUUGAUAAAGUCACCACUGUAGGAGAGGAGGUGACAAAAGAAAGUGCCUCCUAUGCCAUGUCUGACCUCAGAGGGCUGGUCACUGAAGGCUCCAGCCUGCUGCUGAUGCGUCUGCUCGCUCUGAGGAAGGAGGUCCCCGAUCGCAUGGCCUUUAUCUCCUUGGAUCAGAGUUUGCAAAUCACCCCCACCACUUUUAGCGAGCUGGGCAGGAAGCAGAUGGAAAUCGGCGACGAGGUCCUGGAGGUGUUUGGGAUACAGAAGAUGGUUCACUCUGUGGAGGGGAGCUCCCCUACCUGGCAGUGCUUCUUCCUGCAAGAUGGCCACUUGGCCAGCAGGAUGCAGGUGGGAUCCCCCGUCACCACGAAGCUUCUGCAGCUGCCAUCAAAGUCACAGAAAGGUUUUCAUUUCUACACGUGUUUUGAAAAAAUCCCACUUGUGUGGGAGGAGGACAUGCAGAUGCACUCUAACUUCCUGGACAGAAAGGCGGAGCUGAAGGCGGACCACACUUCGUACCUGAGACAGCACCCUGAAAUUCGAGCCCUCAUAUCUGACUUCUUGCAGUUCUUGCUGCUGAGGAAACCAAACGAUGUUUUCCAGUUUGCCAAAGAGUAUUUUAUCCCCUUUUCUUCCACCCAUCCUCCAGAUCAAACCUGAUACUCCAGACUCCAGCCCCCGUAUAAAGGAAACAUGGGGCUUUGUGAUCGGUUCAAUAACUUAAUAGAGUUUAAUAAAGUUUGGUGUACCAAUGGCAUUUGACUGCUAAGCAAAGUGACUCGUGUAUAAAGCUUAUUCCAACCGUAGGAGUUUCCCUAUCGGUUUCCGGGAAAAGGCGGAGUGGCUGUUUUGAAAAAAAAAGUGCAUG